AGUUGAAUCAAAGUGGAAGCCAUCUGAGAACUUGGUUCUUACAGCAACAGGCCUGUGCAAGUUAACAGAACUGUUAAUAUAUUUCUUCUUUUAGAAAUAAGAGUUCCAAUAUUUGCUUUUGAAGUUUAAGGAGAUAUACUGUUAUCAAGGAAUUGUAGCUUCCAAAACUUGGGGAGCUCCAACCUGUUUAGUCCAGUUGUGGCCAUGGCUUCUUUCUCAGCGGUCAUAUUUGUUUGCACACUAGUGUUUUUGGGGAUUGCUGAAGCAGGAUAUGACUAUAGAGAGGCAUUAAGUAAGAACAUACUUUUCUAUGAAGCUCAGAGGUCAGGGAAGCUUCCUCCCACUCAGAGGGUUACUUGGAGAGCAGAUUCUGGACUCAGUGAUGGAAUUGCCAAUGGGAUAAAUUUAAUUGGUGGAUAUUAUGAUGCCGGAGACAAUGUAAAGUUUGGUCUUCCAAUGGCAUAUACUGUCACCAUGCUAUCCUGGAGUGUGAUUGAGUAUAGAAACCAAUUGCAAGAUAGUGAAGAGCUGGACAAUGCCUUAGAAGCCAUCAAAUGGGGGACUGAUUACCUAUUAAAAGCUCAUCCUGAACCAAAUGUACUAUAUGGGCAGGUGGGUGAUGGCACUUCAGACCAUUACUGUUGGCAGAGACCAGAGGAUAUGACAACUUCCAGAAAUGCAUAUAAGAUUGAUAGUACCAAUCCUGGAUCAGAUCUCGCAGGAGAAACCGCUGCUGCAAUGGCUGCUGCUUCUAUGGCCUUUAUGGACUCCAAUUCUACUUAUUCUUGGGAUCUUCUCAGGCAUGCCAAACAGCUCUUCAAGUUUGCUAAUAAAUACAGGGGGAAGUAUGAUAGCAGCAUUACUAAUGUGCAAAAGUUUUAUGGAUCAAUAAGUGGAUAUGAUGAUGAAUUACUGUGGGCAGCCUCAUGGCUUCAUAGGACAACUGGGGAUCAGAAGUACUUUAGAUACCUGAUUAAGAAUGCAGUCUCCAUGGGUGGAACAGAAUGGAGUAUGACACAAUUCUCUUGGGACAAUAAAUAUGCAGGGGUCCAAGUGCUUGCAUCCAUGUUCCUCAUGCAAGGUAAGGGAGGGAAACACAAGGCUGUACUACAACAAUAUCAAGAAAAAGCUGAGUUUUUCAUGUGUUCUUGUCUUCAGAAGAAUGGAUACAGUGUACAACGGACACCAGGUGGACUCCUACAUUGGCAGAAAUGGAACAACAUACAUUUUGUGACAACUGCCUCAUUUCUGCUAACAGUCUACUCUGAUUAUUUGUCUUCUGCUGGAAAGAAUCUACAAUGCCCAUAUGGAAAUGCAAUGCCAUCUGAACUCUUAGCCAUGGCUAAAUCUCAAGUUGAUUAUGUACUUGGUGACAACCCAAGAGCCACAAGCUACAUGGUGGGCUUUGGAUUAAUCUAUCCCGGUCAAGUUCACCACAGAGGUGCUUCUAUUGUAUCAUACAAAGUCAAUCCAUCAUUUGUCAGUUGCAAAGGAGGGUAUGAUUCAUGGUUCAGUCGCCAAAGCAGCGACCCAAAUGUUUUAGUAGGUGCAAUUGUUGGAGGACCUGAUGAGAAUGAUAACUUUGCUGAUGAAAGAGACAAUUAUGAGCAGACAGAGCCAACAACCUAUAACAAUGCUCCAAUGGUGGGAGUCUUGGCCAGACUCCAAUAUGGAAAUAUUGAAAACAACCAGCUUGAACAAGAUACUGUACCUGAGCCUGAAACAGGAUCGAACCCCCAACCUGGGAAACAAAACCCAGAGUAUAACAGCUUGCCUGUGCCUGAACAGGGAUCUCCUCCACCACCUGUACGACAAGAUAACAGCUUGGUGGCCAUUUUCCACACUAUUACACAUUCUUGGAGCGAAAAUGGAAGAACUUAUUACAGAUACUCCCUGGAGAUAACCAAUAAAUCUCCAUAUCAAACAAUCACAACACUCAGUCUCUCCAUUGAAGGGCUUUAUGGUCCCAUUUGGGGUCUUUCCAAAGGAGAUUCCAACAUUUACUCGUUUCCUAAAUGGUUGAAGUCUCUUCCUCCUGGUCAGAGUAUGGAUGUUGUGUACAUUCAGGCUGCUCCUCAAGCAAUUGUAAAGAUUGCAAGUUAUCAAUUGGGUUGAAUUGUAACUAGAAUGUAGGAGAGAGAGUAUAAAUAGGUCAAGUCAAGUUUCUAUCUGUAUCUUGGCAAUUGACCUAAUGGUUGCUAUUAGACCAGUUAUUAUUUAUUGAUUUUAUCGUUUCCAUUUCUUUUGGGCCGCCAUGGAAUGGGCUUCCCUAUUUCAUUCUUUACUCUGUGAGAUUGUACUUGAAGUUUGAAUAAAAAUAAAAUCUUCGAA